AGUUUUUUUCCAUAAGGUACCUGUUACCUAGCAACAGAACUCAAACCUUGAGUCCUUCUGGCAGCAAACUUUACAUUGCAGACACAAAAUAUUACAUGAGGAUGAGCGCUGGACGAGCGUCCGAGGGCGCAGGCUGCAUCAGCUGGUGGGGCUUCAGUCCUGCGCGCGACCUGCAGAAAACUGGUCCUGUGAGACUUGAAGGAGAGUCCAAUGUUUUACUUGUUGGAAGCAGCGACCCUCGACAUAUUUUGAAAACCAUUGCUGGUUUGCAGGACAAGGAAAGCCUUCAUGUGUGGCUGAUAGAAAACAGCAUGGAGGUGGCGGCCAGACAGCUACUGCUCCUUUAUCUGGCCCUGAUUUCCCCAGAAAGCAUGAGACAUAAUGAGAAGACAGAGAUUUUUCUGGAACUGUUUGGGAAUAUUGAGAUCCGUAGUCAGACAAGAGAGACUCUAAAGCAUGUUGCAUCACAGCUCUCUCUUUAUGUCACUGAGACAUUGGAGAAAGCAGCACACCCAUGUCUGAACACAACUCUUCUUAAGUUUAAAGAGAGAGAUGAGCUUGCCAGAAUAUUGAAGUCAUGGACCCAGCCUCAGUCUUCUACUCCCAUCUUGAUAUCUAAAGCCUGGGAUUAUCGAGUCAGGCAGCACCUUGGGACACGCUACGACUCCAAGAAAGGCUGCUUCGACUGGGACCUUUCAAUGAAACUGCAUGAGAAAAGGUGUGGCGUCAUCAACAAACAACAAUACAUGCAAUGGAGGGAGCGAGGUUUAGCAUUUGAAAUGAGGGAAGGCGUCUACCAAAUAACCAACCCUAGUUUGGUGUCCUCAAGAGUGUUCAAGAAGAAAGGGGACAAAGCAGCUGUCAGCGGUUAUUGGGGAGACAUUGUUUCUGGUCCUUACCUCUCCUUUGGCAUUGAAACUGAUGACAAAGACCUGCUGAAGACACAGAAUGGGCAACACACUAAGACAGCUCAGGAUAUCUCCUUUGCAAAUGUUAAUGCAUUGUUCCAGUCACUGUCCAGCAGACGGGGCUGCCCCACUUCUUCUCAUUCUGAUGCAGAGGCAGAGGAGCCGCACACACUGAACAGCAGAAAAUCUGUCACCAUUAAUGACUUAAUGCAUCUGAAUGGGAUCUCUGUUACUUUCCUGCCAAUGGACUCACUUCAAAAACUGCCCCAAAAAAAAAAGUAUUCCCACCUCUUCAACACCUUCUACUUCUCUACCAGCUGUGUGCACCAGUUGGUCCCAACACUGAGACAGAUUGCAGCACCAGACGCUGUGCUGGUCGUGGAGUUGGCCAAGUACAUUCUGGACCUUGAUAAAGAGCAGGAGGCGGGCUUUGCAGAGACAGUAGCCAGCAUCGCUCUCAAGGCCGAAUUUGAUCCUUGGCAGGAGGGAAAGAGUGAAGACGUCCAUGCUGUUUUUGUACCACAGAGGAAGUGACAGAGGCUAUUUCUCAGUCUUCAGUUUUACUUCACAGGGAAGUGUUAAAGCCAAUGAGUGGAACCUGCCUGAUGCUUCAGUCAGGAGAUUUUAUUUGUAGUAUCUGUGAUUUUUCUGUUUGAACGUUUUAGAAUAUUCAAUUUCCAAAUUAAAUGAAAAAGAUAAAAAAAAUGUCAA